AUGAUACUCCAACCUAACAGCCCAUCGACAGGAGCAGCACCAAACACCAAACACCGAAAACCCCAAUACUCGAUUACCGGUACCGGUGUAAAUGCAUUGGAAACGUUAUCAUAACAGAACAUUCCUCAAACCCUAGUCUAAACAAGUACCACGAGCAGUAUCAUACUUGUCCGCGAAUAAAUAUGGCACAACACGCUUCCGGAUUACGAUAACUACUUCAACACUACUAAAUUAUUAUCAUUAUGCUCAUAAUUUUAUAUACCCGCGUCUCCCCGUUUUCUGGAAUACGCACGAAGGAGGAGUUCACUAGUACUAAGCCACAAGACACUUUUCCCUCCUCUUCUCCACCUCUCUGCCCUUUCAACCCCCCCCGCCUCUCUCUCUCGCUCUCUGUUCCCCUCGUUGCUCACCUGUCCCUGCCCUCCGCCUUGUUUUGUGUAAGUGUGGGUGUGUGUGGCCAUCGUAUUGUGGGUGUGUGUGCGUGUGUGCGUGUGGUGUGUCGUCCGUCCCUUUCCUCCUCUACCUUACUACCUAUUGCUUGCCCUCCUACAAAUCUCGCAAGUUGACACCGAGACCCUCCCUCUCCUGCCCCCCAGCUCGUCCCCAGAUUCAUUUCGGCUUUGCUCUCUCUCCCUCUCCCGACCCUUUCACUCUCAUCCCUCCCCUCUCUCCCUGCCAUUAUUUCUACUCAACAUCCCCUCUCCCUCCCUCCUCCUCCUGAUUCUCAAACCCCCGACUGCCAUCUAACUGCGCUGCAAAGUUUGUUUUCACCACCGAGCUCCGCAAAUUAAAAGCUCGCCAACCCACCCUCUUCGACACCCGACAACCUCAAGCUUCAGCCCCACCGAUAGCGUUGCCCUCCUUGAACAUUCCGCAUCACCAACCGCCCUCAUCUCUAAACUCUCGAAUUAACGCCUCCCAGUUCAAUGGCUCAGAAUACUAACGUUCAGAACGUUAUACGAAGGUGCGUCCUUAGUACGCUUGCUUUUUCCUUUUGCCCCCUCCAAUUUCGCUCUCCCUCACUCCACAUCUGCCCGCUUUCGCGUCAUUAUUCUCGCAUACCCACUGCGAAUUUUUCCCUCCGUCUUAGUAUUGUCAGUGUGAAGGAUCAGCAUCAUCAUGAUGUGUUAUUGCCAAAUUUAGGCAUGGAUUUUCCCUUUGCAAUCAGAUAAAUCACUAUUCGUUUCGGGCUGCGACCCAACACGCGGAGAUCCCCGUUCGCAUAGUGGAGUCUUUAUGACUGACCAAGAUCUUUCUCCGGUGUAGGAAGCUUGUUAUCAUUGGCGAUGGUGCGUGUGGAAAGACCAGUUUGUUAAGCGUGUUUACUCUGGGAUACUUCCCGACAGUAAGUUGAAAAAAUCUCCCGCUCCUCCAGCCCUACAGUGUUUACCGCAAAAUUUGCUAACAUGUGGUAUAGCAUUACGUGCGCCCACCUCACUUUUCAUAGAGCACUAAGGCCUUCAAUCAUACUUACAAUCUGUCCAGGUCCCCACCGUUUUCGAAAACUAUGUCACUGAUUGCCGAGUACGGAGUUCCCCUCAUUGAAAGCACCUUUACAGAGCCCAUAGCUAAUUCACCUGCAAACAGGUCGACGGAAAAUCUGUCCAGCUCGCUUUAUGGGACACCGCUGGCCAGGAGGACUACGAGGUUUGUCUUGAUCGGCGGUACUCACUUCCUACUACUCACACGACUGAAUAGAGACUGCGACCCUUAGCUUAUGCUAAAGCCCACGUUAUUUUGAUAGCUUAUGCCGUCGAUACCCCUGACUCGCUGGAGAACGUUGCCAACAAAGUACGUCAGACACUUUCAAAACAUAUACCGCCUACCCCAACUGACGGUGUAUGCAGUGGAUUGAGGAGGCACAUGACCGUUGCCCUGGUGUUCCCAUAAUAUUGGUCGGUCUCAAGAAGGAUCUACGUGAAGACCCGGUCGCCCGCGAAGAAAUGCGCAAGAAGUCCAUGCACUUUGUACAAACCGGAUACGCAGAAACAAUCGCGAAGCAGGUUGGAGCCAGGAAAUACCUGGAGUGCAGCAGUUUAACAGGCGAAGGAGUGGAUGAUGUGUUUGAAGCAGCAACUAGGGCGGCACUGUUGACGUUCGAGAAGGAGCGAGGGAACGGAUGCUGCUCCAUCUCAUGAGUUCAACUUCAUAACCCGGGAGAGCGGGUGAUAACUCGGUCCAUACGAGGCACGGGAAUUAAUACGGAUUGUUAUUAUUUUGACUUUUUUCAUCGGGCGUCAGAAAUAGGGAAGGAAUGGAUCAAAAAAUCCACCCCUUCCACCCUCCAUCGGAUAUCUGUGAUCACUUCACCUCACAAUUACAACCUCAACCACAUCCUUUAGGCCACCACUCCCUGGCAAACUUAAUGCGGAAUUGUUCGUGAAUUCUUCUCUCUUAUGGACUUGUUUUCCACGUCCUUUUAUCCCUCCGUUUCGGGUCUCCUCUCGCUAUUUUCCCUUCAGUCUUUUACGCUUUUUCCUUCUUUUGUCGCACAAUGAUUGGUUCCUUCAUUACGAGAACGAAACACGCACCAAUGUAAUCGCGGACAAUGUUCGUGGCGGCCCUUUUUCAUCGUUAAGGUUUCCCAGGUUUCGUUAAUUUUCUCUCUCGAGGCAGGGAUGGCGGGUUAGAUUGGAACGUUCUUCUAGCAUGCUUUGUAUUUGGGGGGGGGGGUUUUUUUUCUUCAAAAGUUUCGGCAGGGGUUGGGCUAGGGGGCUGGAUUGAGUUGAAAAAAAUGGAAAAUCAUUCACACAAGGACCCAAUAUGUUGGGCCUCCACAGUUUGAGGGGGGAAUUGGAAAUCCCUGUUCCUGGACCAAUAAUCCUUUAUGCCCCACCCUUCUCUCUUCUUUAGAGUGAGAGGGCCUUGUGCAUUUUUUUUUUCCCUAUAAUUCUUCACAUUUUCUCGUUUUAUUUCCGCUCAACGUUUUCCUUGGAGUAUCUGGCAGGGUGGGGGGCUUUCUUCGUAUCUUCAACCUUUGCUGCUAGCCAUGCAUUUGUUCCCCCGCUUUUAUUUCUGGGUGUUUUUCUUGAUUUUCUGUUGUUUUUUUAUCCACCUCUCGUAGUGAGUCCCUGUUCCUGGUUCGCUUCCCACUUGAAUCCGGGUUGCUCGAUUAUCAUAGCAAAACAAAAACAAUCAUAUAUCAUGGAAAUAAAAAACCGCCAUUCGUGCAAUGUUUUGCCCACGGGGUGUCCUUCCUAGCCACAACGAAGAUCCCCUUCCCCUUCCUCAAAAUAAAUAAAUAAACACCAAGAGCAAGAGCACCACGCCGCUCGAGCACAGCGCUGUACUCGGGUACAGCACUGAGCAA